GGAGCUCAUUUUACUCAACGACGGAAACAGCCAUAGAGUGACUUUCACACUCGGCUGAAAUUCAAAGCCGCAUUAUUAGAAAAAGACUCGAGGGAAGUAAAGGUGAGCGGAUAAAAUGCCGGAAGUUUCCUUCUGUCUUUAAGUUACAGUGUGAAGGUGGACUCCUUGCUCUAUAUGUCUUACUAAUUCUUCAGAAGAGGGACUAGAGCGCCAUGUUGGAACCUCCACAACUCGGAGGCAGUAUUGAGGAGUGGCUGUUAACCCUCCGUUUGCCGCAGUACGUCUCCUUUUUCCAAGAGGCCAGAUUUCAUGUUGUGGAAGACUGCAGGGGUCUCACAGAUGAGCGACUCCUGGAACUUCAAGUGAUACUAACCGGCCAUCGUAAACGCAUCCUUCGGAGUUUGGAGGCACUAGGGCUGAAGAAGGAGGGUGGAGAGAAAGGCAAAAGUGAGCACGAAAGUCAGGAGAGUGAUGGAGAUCAAAGGAAGCCACCACUGUACCCAAGACAUAUCUUCCUAAAGGACAGAAACAGGGGGGCAUCCUAUCAGCGCAACCAACCGAAGGAGAAUAGGGAGUAUAAUUUGGAAGGGAGUCAGAGUUUGCCUGCAGGAGCAGGACUAGCACUAGAUCCUGAGAAACUUCCAGAUCGCUGCCAUGUCAUUCUACCUGUGCCUGCUUCACGUAACCUCCAGCUUAUUCAGACAUCUGUGUCCUCACGUACCAGUGUUCCUGCCUCUAUGCUCUCGAGCAGCAGCAACGAAUCCCUUCCUACCUCAGAAAUAUCAUCUGAUUGGGAAGUCUCUUCAGGAGAGCAGUGUCAUUCCAACUUUGAUUCCCUCCUCCCAGUACUUAGUGAAGACCAAGAGCAUUUUGAUGGUGAAAUGGUUGAAAACUCAAUUUAUGAGGCACAACCAGCAGGUCCUAGACCUACCCGGUCCUACAGAUUAAGGCACCGGCCUGUUCCUGAAAUCCCCAGUGAAACUGCUAUGCUGCCUCUGAACAGGAGUGCACAAACAACCAGCCAUGAACAACUAACUGGCUCAGAGUGUCCCACCGGUGCAAACGGCAUACAGAAAGCUCCCCUUCAAAAGACCUUGACGCCCAUCAACAGUGAAAUAUUCCUCUACAACAACCCCGGCUCAGCUCCGGAAAAAGGGGCCAAAGAUGGGUUGCAGACGGGCUUUAAGGCCCAGAUAAAACAGAAGAAAAAGAGAAAAAAGCCCAAGGAAAAACGGAGUCCUCCAACUCAGACUGUCCCAGACGGAGAUGGAUACUCGACCGUGGACAUGUCUGCCAGCAUGCUACCUCGGGCCAGUAUGGACACAGCUUUUGCCUUGAUCCCUGACACUGCCCCGGUUGGUUCAGUGACCCCUGGCCCAGAAAACGAGUCUAUGAUCAUGGUGGAAUGCGACCUCUAUUCAGAGACUGUAAAGUCUCGAGGGACCGUCACAGAAAGCACACAGCCUGAUAUUUCUCCCUACGCUUGCUUCUAUGGAGGUCCCAAACAACAAGUCCUCAAAGUGGGCUGGCUGGACAAGUUGUCACCUCAGGGAAAUUGUGUUUUUCAAAGGAGAUGGGUGAGAUUUGAUGGCGAGAGUCUGGCCUACUACAACAAUGAAAAGGAGAUGUAUUCCAAAGGUCUGAUCCUGGUCAGCGCUAUCAGACAGGUGAAAGGACUGGGCGACAACAAGUUCGAGGUUGUCACGGGCCUCCGGACCUUCACAUUCCGGGCCGAGAAAGAAGGGGAGCGCCAGGAGUGGAUGGUAACUCUUCAGACAGCCACGCGCACCCCCGCCAGCAGCUCCCAGAAGCACUCCGACAGCCUUCCCCACCUCUCCUCCACAAACAAGCGAGGCUUGCUGGAGCUCCGUGGUUACAAAGGAAGAGUGCUGGUGUCCCUGGUGGGGAGUAAAGUCAGGCUCUGCAAAACAGAACAGGACUUUCGAGCGGGGCUCGGUAUAUCUGAGGUGGAACUUACUGCUGCCAACAUUAAAGAAGUGGACCGCAGAGGCUUUGAAGUCAGCACACCCUUCAAAACUUUCUGCUUUGUGGCGGAGUCUGAACGGGAGAAGGAGGAGUGGGUCGAGGCGAUCAAAGAAUCGAUUGCGGAGACGCUCUACAACUACGAAGUGGCGGAGAAGAUCUGGUUUAACGAGGCCAACAGGAGUUGUGCCGACUGUGGCAUGUCGCAGCCGGAGUGGGCGUCGGUCAAUCUGGGUGUGGUCAUCUGCAAGAAGUGUGCAGGACAGCACCGCUCCCUUGGACCAAGUUUAUCAAAGGUACGGAGCUUAAAGCUGGACUGCAGCAUCUGGAGCAAUGAACUUGUAGAGCUCUUCCUGGAGGUGGGGAACAAGAAUGCUAACAGUUUCUGGGCUGCUAACCUGACUUUUGAAGAGGAACUCCACAGCGGGGCCACGGUGGAGGAGCGUGCCACGUUUAUCCGCAGGAAGUACAGAGAGAGGAAGUACAGGAAGGUCCUGGAGGACUUUAAUGACCUGAAGAAGCUCAAUCGGGCACUGUGUGCAGCUGUGGUGUCGUCCGACGUGCUGCAGACCAUGGAGUUGGUGUUCAAUGGGGCCGAUGUUAUGUGCGCCACUGGCGAUCCGGACUACUCUACGCCGUACGUCUUGGCUCAGCGUGCUGGCCAGAAGCUGCAGAUGGAGUUCCUGCAUCAGAACAAACUUUCUGAUUUCCCAAGACUGGACCAGUGUUCAGAGAACCCCUCUCUAUCUGAUGCGUCCCUCUUCAUGGACGGCUUUCUCUACGUCUCUCCUGGCCCUGUUAAGAUGAUGCCGGAUCGGCGUGGACGAGACGACAUGGCACGGCGCUGGUGUACAUUGGAGGGCGGCUCCCUGAGUUAUUAUGAGAACGAGCGAAGCCCCUCAGCCAUCGGAAGGGUAGAUGUCACCGAAGUGGUCAGCCUGGCUGUCAGUAACUCAGAAACUAUGACUGGAGCAGGCAGGGCUUUGUUUAUCAUUGAGCUGUACCUGCGAACAGAGCGAGCCCUGACUGUAGGAGCUGAGACGCAGGAUACGCAGCAUGACUGGAUCCAGGCACUGACAAAGUGCUUCGUCCCGUCUAAGGUCGAGGGACUGGUGCAGAAAGACAGCAAACUGAUUGGCAGACUCCAAUACAAGGAAGGCCAUGACCUGUAUCACUGGAGGACAGGCUGGUUCGUGCUGGGAGGCUCCACACUGCACUUCAGCUCUGGAGAUGAGGAGGGAGAGGAGGAAGUCCUUCAUCUCAAACAACUGCAAGAACUUACUGUCUCCACCCAUACCGAGGGCGAGGACAAGAUCCAAGUCCUUCUGAUGGUGGAAAGUGGGAGCAGAACGCUCUAUGUCCACGGCUUCAACAGGAUGGACUUUUCUCUGUGGCACUCAGCAAUCACGCUGGCUGCUGCCACAGAUGGCAGAGCACUGGGUGAUCAGCAGCUGACCAAAAACGGCAUUCCCAUUAUAGUCGACAGCUGCAUUGCUUUUGUCACUCAGUAUGGCUUGUGCCAGGAGGGGGUCUACCAGACUCCUGGGGACCCUGCCCGAGUGUCCCUCCUACUGGAGGAGUUCACCCGUGAUGCGCGUAAUGUGAAGCUGAGGAACAAGGAGCAUCAGCUGGAAAAUGUGACAGACACCCUGAAGAGCUUCUUAUCCCAGACAGAGGACGCCCUACUGACCAAGGAGCUCUAUCCAUACUGGGUGUCAGCUCUGGAUGAGAAGGAGGAGAAGCGGAGGGUAAAGAAAUAUUUGACUUUCAUACAGAGUUUGCCAAAAAUCUACAGGUCAACCCUUCAAGCCUUGCUACAACAUCUGUACAGGAUUCAGCAGUGCUCGCACCUCAACGGAAUGCCGAGUGAAAAAAUAGCCGCCGUCUUCUCCUCCUGCCUGUUCCAGACUCAAGGACAGACUCCACAGGAAAUAAGUGUGGUUCGUGACCUAAUCAGCAACUAUGUUGUGCUUUUUAGUGUCAAUGAAGACCAGGUACAACAGAUGGAGACAGAAAAUAGCUUCAUCACACGCUGGAAUGAAAAGAAGGACUCAACAUUCUGUCCAGCAGGGGAUUUGAUCUUCGAGGUGUACCUGGAAAGACGAGAGCCAGAGCAAUGUUGUUUAAUAAAGCUCACUCCAGGUAUGCGAUCUUCAGAACUUGUAGAAACCGCGCUGAGUAUGAGAAAUGGCACUUUUGAGGCAGACGACUUGUGGACCACCUUUGAAGUCAUCGAGAAUGGAGAACUAGAGCGGCCGCUGCACCACAGUGAAAAGAUUCUUGAGCAGGUGUUGGAGUGGAGUACCUUGGACUGCCCAAGCUCUGCUUUUCUUGUUAUAAAGAAAUUUGCAGGGGCCAAAAGAAUGGCCGGAGGCAAAGACCCGAGACAGUUUAUAAAAAGCGACUAUCUGAAGUUCAACGAUGGAUCCUCCAAGCUGCUGUCAGGUCACAAAUUCCAGGACAAGUACAUCGUGCUUCGUUCAGAGAAGCUGCUUCUUUACAGGGACAUCAAAAACACUAAAGCGGAGAAAGAGAUUCAGUUGAAGAUGGUAAAAUGUUACCUGGGCCUGAAGAAAAAGCUCAAACCUCCAACCAACUGGGGCUUCACGGUUUACACGGAUAAACAUCAGUGGCACUUCUGCUGUGACAGGAGGGAGACACAGAUCAGCUGGGUGGCAGACAUCAUCGCUCUGAAGCAUACCUCUGACUUCAGGCUUAGCAGUACCUCCAAAGAAACUGCAGAUCUCAAAGUCUCCAAAGGAGGUGCUAAAACAGAAAGCAGCCUUGUUCCAACAUACAACCACAGUUUCAGCACAGACCUGACUGAUAGGAGGGUUUCUCUUGGAGACGUCGACUGGAGGACAACCGAAGUCCCUGGACGUCACCUCAAAACCAACACCGUACCCAAGUGUCGAAACCUAUCUGAGGCAACAGAGGUGCCUCACCGUAGAACCUCCAUGGACAAUUGCAUGUCUCCACGACUGCUACCUCCAUCCGUGCCAAGACACAUGAAGCCCACAUCACUGAGUGUUUUACCUCAAACCGGCAAUAAGAUGCCUGGUAAAAAAGCUCUUCCAAUUAGUGGGGGAGUUAUGCCCCCUAACCUGCUUAAUGAACUGAACUUGGUCUUCAGCAAGACUGGUCGCAAGAGCACUGAAUGACAAAAUAAAAAGAGAGAUUGUUAGUUUAUAUAUGAAUGGUACAGUCUGAAAGAAGAGAAUAAAGAAACAUAAAUGAAAGAACAUACAGUUUAGAUAGACAGAGUCAUGCUGUUAUUUUGCCGAGCACUGCUUUUGAACUCUGAUAUUAAAGGAGAUGCUGGUGCACGAGGGAUGAAGAUAACAGGUGUGGGAAGCCAUGGAGGUCAUGACAGACCUUAGCUGCAUAUAGCAAUGGCCAAAGCACUACACAGUGUGAUAUAAAUGCCGAUCUUUGAAACUGAAAGAAAUUUAGAAAAUCACGCCAGACUAAGUAUCAAAGGUUAGCAUCAAUAUGUUAAAUUUCAUUUCAUGCUUGUGCUGUUUCUUUAAGAAGCGUGUUAUAACUGUAUAGUAGUAGUAGUAUUAAGUAUUUAAGAGCAUUAUAGUGUUUGUUUUAUUGAAGACUAUCUACUGGUGAAACAAAUUCUUUUUAAUAUUUUGGUGGCAGAUUCACAGCAAAAUGUUUCUGUAUAUACAAGAAAUAGUGUUUCUUAUAUUGAAAUUUUACCACAGGUUUUACAUAUUCCUUGUGCAUGUCUGCAUAUAAAAUGGUAAAAGUUGAGCCUUUAUUAGGUUCUUGUUUAUAUAAACACAUGGUACAGCAUGUGUGGUAGAAGGGAACUAAAGUCUUAAGUAUAUUUAUAUUUCAUAGGUGACUUUUAUAUUGUAAGCUUUAAUUAUACAAGUAGAGGUGUUUUAACCACUUUAAACUGCCUGCCCUCAAAUGUUAUUUUAAUGUACAGCAUGAAUAUAUUAAUAAACUCAGAAAAAUGCUCA